ACGGCGGGGGCGGCGAGCCUGUCGCCGGUACAGCCGCGGCGGCCCGUCUCUCGGGCUCUCGGCCGCUGUUACCUCCUUGACUCUAGACUAGUCGUUCCGAACGCGAUCACCCGCGUACACGUCGCGCCGUUCGAUGCAACACGCUCAACGAUAACGCGCCCCAUUUAAACGAAACGCUCACUCUAACUACACAAUCGGCUCAUUCACACUUACGAUACUACGCACUGACUAUUACUGAAUUAAACGUCGAUUGUCCUAAAUUGCAGGAUUGGUCGGCGCGAUCCCUGAACCGGCUUUAGGACCAUAUGAUCAGUAUUGUACUCGUCCGGCCUGCAUGGCCCUGAUCUCCGAUAUCGGUACGCAGUCACGAUGUGGACCAACAGUUGAAAAGUGCAUUUGUCUCUUUGUCUAGACAUCCGUGUUAAGAUGACUCAGUGACAGAAUACUUUCUCGUGGUGUAUGACAAUAUUUCUAUCUUGUGACACGAUUAUGUUGGAGAUGUGAAUGUUGACGUUGUUUUAUUUAUUAGUGAUAAAUAAUAGGGUAGUGCAAUGGCUGGGGCUAAUGGAGAAGGUGGUGUUAUGGAGGAGGUAUCACCCGGAAAUGCAGUGGAAGGUCGUAAGCGCGGGCUGAGUGGCUCCAUGUCUCUUCGGACGCGGAAGCUGGGCCGGCGUCUGUCACGAAGCAUGUCUAUAGUGGCUAUGAAGCUGCCAGAAAAGGCACACAGCAUUACAAGAACAUCCUCGAAAUUGAUGAGGACUGCUAGUCGUGAUAAGAAGAAUCGGUCCUUUGAACUCUCAAUAAUACUUCCGGACAAAACUCAAAAGCAGGUGACGGUGUGGGGCAAUAAUACAGUUGCUGAAGUUGUUUGCGAACCACUUCAAGAGGUGGGAGUUGUAGUAGCUGGUCUUCCGACUGGCCCGCUAUGCGCACCUCAAACUGUUCCUCUCGCGGAACCCCUGCCACUGCCGGGAGCAUUCAUCACUACUCCGCCCGCUCCUCCUGCAGCUCUUUUAUUUCUUGGCGGUUCCAAAGCGCCUGUAGAACCAAGAGCAUCAGCGGCUUCAUUGGAAGGCGAAGUUCUGGUAGUGGAAUACCAACCACCACUUUGGGAUGGCAAAGACUUGGAGACAUUCAUAGCUUGGGAAAAGAUUUAUGCUGCUACGUUGUAUUCAGCAGUGGAAUUAUAUGGAAAACCGUUACUACGUGCAGCUGUUAUCACCAAGGAAGAAUAUCAUCUACUCUUCUAUUACCUUGAAUCUGUGUCUGAAGCUAGUGAAGCAUUAACUGAGAGAAUGAGAAAGUACAUAGACUCUGGUCUUUUAUUAAACGAUGGUAAGAAAGAAGAUGAUACACAUUCAAUUACUUCAAAGAAAUCUAUUAUAAUUGAUGAGGAAGAAAAAAGUAUACUUACAGAAUUAAUUCAGGAAGGAGUUCUCUCUCAACAAGAUGUUGAUGGGUCUUCAGUAAUUACUAACUCAGAAUUUAAUGAACCAUCAGAUAACCGUAAGUUUGAAGAUGAUAACAGAUCUAGCAUUUCUUCUAUAAGUGCUAGUCUUCGCAAAGUAAUUGUUGAUAUACCAAUAAAUUGCGACGAAUCUGCAGCUGACAACUCUAUUAUAGAGAGCAGUGAUAACGUGACAACUGUAACCAUUAGAAGUAGUGGACAAUGUUGUGCUGACCACAGAAUAUCAGCUGAUGCCAAUGAAAACGUUUGGGCUAAUGUACGAUGGGAUUUUCUAAACCCAACCGAUUUUGGAUAUGAUCUAGUGCGCAGCGUGAAGCGUAGUCGUUCAGAGUCUGCUUUAACUCCUGUUGCUAGACGUCGAAAUGAAGAAAUCUAUGAAGCGUUGCGAGAUGGUGAAUCUUGUGGCAGUAUAACACCUUAUGAAUCUAUCGAGGACUUAUAUGAUUGUAUCAAAAAUUCUCAAUAUAUAAGCGCUGCUGCUGUAGAAUCUUCACCUUCAACUGAAAGUCAAUCUGAACCACAAUAUCCUGAUUAUUAUGAAAAAGCCAGCACUACCCGUCAAAGCUCAGCUAGUAGUGAUAAAAGUGGUGCCUCCUCCGCGUUUCCAUUUUCGAAAUGUGGUUCGAGCGAUUCAACGAGCGUGUUUACGUCAUGUGAAUCGACUAGCGGGAUUAGUACUUUUGCUUCGAAAAGCAUCCCGGAGUCGCUUAAGUGCCGCGAGUUACCGCCUCCGCCAACGGAAGGCGAAGAAGGCGAAAGCGCGAUAUUACUGAAACAAUUGUUUAUGGGAGAGUUAAUGGACGCCUACGGGGAGUACCUUUCCGCAUAUCCAUUUGCUCGUGCUUUGUUACGUCGAAAGGCGCGUCGUGACGAGCAUUUUACUGCACUUGCUGAUAUUAGAAGAGGAGCUGCUAAACACACUAUAACUGACUACCUCGAGUUACCGAUCGAGCGGCUAGCACAAUACGAGCGAUUGGUUGGUGGCGGAUGCGCACGGCGUCGCGCUGCCAAGCUCUCGGAUUUGGAACGCGUACAGGAUCUAUUUCCGCAUGACUACCUCGCACUUCAUGAUGCUGACGCGCCUGCUGCACUCGCCUCACACCAUGCGCAGAAAUCGAAGAGUCUCCGCAAGAGACCGAGCUUGGACAUUGGCGGUACAGUCAGCACAAACAGUAGCUCGUUAUCGCCAAGGACCUUCAUCAUGGAGGCUCCGGUUCAACUAUGCCCUUUGGGCGCUACCUCCCCACCGUUAGAUCGUAAUUUAUUCUUGUUCAGCGAUUUGCUGCUCGUCGGAAAGUCCAGAGGAACCAACUGCUUUAAACUCAAAGAAAGCGUCAGAUUAGCAGAAAUAUGGCUGUCUUUACCCGAUGGGGAUGAUACCGGUUUUCUUAUCGGGUGGCCAACUGUUACUGGAGUCGCCAACUACCUCGCUACUUAUCCCACUCAAGCUGCUAGAGAUACGUGGUACAGGAAAAUACAAAAUGCUUUGAAUACGCAACUCAGCACAGAACCAAAAUCAACAAACAUUCAAAUCUUCUACAAGGAUGUUACGAGUUCUAUAGAAUUUUGUAAAACUGUAUCAGUGGGACCAGAAAUGAGUGCCAAAUGCGUUGUACGGCAAGCUCUACACGUACUUCAGAACGGUAGCUCAGAAGGAGAAAAUGAAGGGGACGGCGAAGGAGAGAAUGAAGGUGAUAGUCGAUGGGGGCCAGCCACCGAGUUCACGCUUUGUGUUCGAACAGCAAGGGAUGCGCCACUGACACCGUUGCAAGGCAUUGAGAGACCUCAUGCUAUUCAGAUGUCAAGGAUACGGCAAACUUUAUCAAAUGAGGAUGGUUUUGAUUUGGAGCAUGUUAACGCUAAAAACAAUCCCUGUGGACUUGUGUUUGAACUAAGAAAGAAAAAUCAAAGUUUAAAAAAUGGAAACACUACCCCCGCUCGAGGAUUGCGAUUACUUCGACGCGGCGGACGACUGUUCGGCGUCGCUCUCACGCGACUCUGCAAUGGGACACCCCCACCUGCGUUACUGCAAGCGCUACGUCGUUUGAGGUCUAUAGCACCUCUAACACAUGGCGUCUUCCGGCGAAGUGCUAAUGCCAAAGCAUUAAGAUUGCUGAGAGAUAAGCUGGAUGCUCUGGGUCCUUGGGCAGAAGGCUGCGCUGAGCUGGACCGCGCGCCCGUCUUGUUAUUGGCCGCUCUUGUAAAAGAGUUUUUCCGGGCGCUUCCACAACCAUUAUUAGUUGCAGAGCUAUACUCAUCAUGGUUGCAAGUCCUCAGUUUAUCUCAAGUUGAAAAAGUAACAGCCGUGCGCUCCUUGUUGCUGAAGCUACCAAAAGCACACUAUACUAUGCUGACAUACUUCAUUUGUUUGCUUCAAGCCAUCGCCAAAAAAUCUAAUAUUAACCUCAUGUGCCCCAUGAAUCUCGGUGUUUGUGUAGGCCCCAGCCUCUUGUGGCCUAACACUCCCUGUGACAGAGCUCCCAAAGCCGUGCCAAUGGUUGUAGAACUACUUAUAGUUAAAGCUGAUGACUUAUUCGGACCUCAAAUAUCCAGUCUCUUGGGAAAUGGAAGUCCUGAGCUCUCGAAUGCGUUGCUCGACUCUGGUGCUGAAGAAAGUGACAGCUUGCAUUCUGUAGGAAUAUCCUUGGAUUCUAUGGAGCUAACUACACCACGAAAAGAAAAACUAUCACUCAGUAGGGAUUCGGGUCUGACUCUUUCUGAAGAUGAUUCAAACAGCAAUGGAGGAAAUAGUCCAGCGCCCAGAAAUAUUUUGCAUAGCCUCUCUGCACCGACGUGUAAUAUGCAACAAGAAUCUAAAUUAGUAUCUAGAUACCAUACAGAUAACCACAACGUCAAUGGUCUCCCGCGAAUGACACAAAGACAAAAUAAUUAUUCUAAUAAGGCAGAAAUGUACAGUACAGUCAAUGAAGAAUUAUAUACGACGCCAUAUACAGGAGAGAGAUAUGUACAUAAUUCGAUAAAUAUAGGAAUCUCAAAUGGAAUCGACGAAAGAAAUUAUGUUUCCAAAACUGCGUUGCAGCGUUCUACAGCUGAUAUUUAUGGCCAAAGUCCAGCAAAAUACAUAACAGGUUUAGAACCACAGAAACCACCGAGAAGUUUAUCAAAGUCAGCUCGAACGUCUAAAGUUUAUAGUAUGUUCGCCGAAACUCAAGAAGUGGAGAAAAAUGCGUCUAAUAAAAAUUUUAACAGAGCAAAAAGUUCUGAUAACCUGUUAGAAACAAAACAAGAAUCGAUGGAUAAUAAACGCGACCUAGUUUCUAGUCAAGAAAAUAUAGUAUACAGUAAUAUACACGACCUUGCUAUGUUCACAGAAAACAUUCAAAGACAGAAUCAAUAUCAAUCAAACAUAUCAAACUCAAAUAUAAAUUACUCUCGAGUUUAUUCUGGUUGGGAGCACAAAAGUGCGAACUAUAAUAGUAACACAGCAAAUACAAUGGAUAUUUAUGGACAAAUGACUAAGAAACAAGGAGAAACUUCUCAGAAUAAAUCCAGUGGAAAUGGAACACCGGCAGCCACCAUUUUUACAAGAAAUGACUGGUCUCGUCAAGCAGCUAGAACAAAGAGUUUAGAAGUGAACGAAGAAGGACAAACUAAUAAUACAGAAAGAGUUCGCAAUGGAAAUUAUGAAGUAAACAUUACGAACUGUUGCCGAAAGAGGCGUUUUGACCCGGCACAUAUGUGCACUAAGACUUGUGGCACAUCGCAGUCGUCAAUAAAUAAUAGAGAAUAUGAUAAACAUGCAAUGAAUCCACUGCAAAAUUCAUAUUCUUAUGUCGACAGUAUUCAUAGCAACAAUUCUGAAGAAAAUAAAAAGAUAAGACAUCGUAAUUAUACGAAUAAUAAAUUGAAUCAAUCAAAAUCAUUAGCGAACAUCGUACUGCACAGCGAUUCCAGCAGUUGCGAUACAUUAUAUCAACCUCAAAAUUCUUUCAACAGCCGAUCGACAGAAUCACCGGCCAGCGAGAAUUCCUUUGAAAAUUGUUAUACCACUCAGUAUAUUGAACCUUUGUACACAUCUGUAUACAAUCGCAGAAGGGACAUAUUCCACGAAGAUAAAUCAUCUAACAUGUUUACUUCAGAUAUCUAUAAAGCUACUCCUACGGCUGUUCAACCUGAAUAUCAUAACUCAGAGAAAGAACAAACCAACAACAAGAAGCCGCCACAUAUGCCACCACCGGUGCCACCUAGAAAAAUGGUAUACCAGAGAGUGCUGAAGAAAUUCCAACCGGUACAUGUGAAUAAAGACGAAAAAGCACUUCGGUCUAAGUCGGUACCACGUUUAUACAAUGGCUCUGAUAAAAUCGAUCAAAACGUUUUAGCUUUGGAUUGUUCAGAGUCUGACACGGAAUCUGAAUCAUACGUCUAACGUUACUAAAGCACAAGAAAUCUUUAUAAAUGGCUAAAGUGAUUAAUGCAAUAUAAUACCAGUGGGUAAAACCUAGGAGGAAUAAAUUAUUAAGAUCAAAUGCAUGCUUUAGGAAUAUUAGUAGAUUUCACUUGCUCAUCACUUGUAGUCUAAUUCAUUCAUUUUAUUUGUUUUAUUGUUUUACAAUGUGACGACAUGUUUUGAGCAUAAACUGUAUUGUAAGAUGUCUUGUGAAUCCCGCCUGAAAUUUUAUGUAUGUGACCAUAACCUGAGUUGUUUUGGUGAUGUAAUUCCAAAGAAAUAAGAAUAGUUUCAUGUUUAAUAAUAAUGUAUGUUUCAAUUAGAAAUUUUAAUAUUUCUUCCUAAGUGGUUUGUCAUAAUGUUUGCUGAAUAUCUUUAUAUUUUAAUUACGAUUGUAUUAACGUACCUAUUUGUGUAUUCUAAAAUUUGAAUUUCUUGUGUCAUUUAUUCGUUGUAAGGCUAUAUUGAUUAAAAAAUUAAAUGAGAGUGUACCCGUGUAUAUAAUGUAUGAUAAUAUACCUAUCUAAAUAUACUAAAAAUUAAAUAUAUUAAAUAACUUGUAAUGACACA